CAAAAUGUCACCAGCACCGGUUCUAGACAGUUUUCUAGGCAUGGAGGUGCUUUCUCAGCCCCAACUCAAGCGGCUGAAGGAGCACAAAUACAGCGCCGAGGGGAAGUCGUUCGCGGAGCCCGUCAUGCAAGUUUUCUGGUGCUGGCUUGUGGAGCAGAUCCCGCGGACCAUCGCACCGAACAGCAUCACGAUCAUUGGGCUAGCCGCUAACAUAAUCUCCACUUUGAUACUUAUUUUCUAUUGUCCAACUGCAACAGAAAUGGCUCCACGAUGGACGUAUGCCUUUGCAGCUUUAUGCUUGUUUGCCUACCAAGCAUUGGACGCCAUAGAUGGAAAGCAAGCGAGGCGAACGAACUCCAGUACACAGCUCGGAGAACUCUUUGACCAUGGCUGUGAUGCAGUAUCCAUUGUUUAUGUGAGUAUAGGAAUAUGUACUGCAAUGCAGCUUGGGACCCAUCCAUGGCUAUCCUUUCUGACGUGUGGAACAGCUUUCUUUGUCUACUUCACGGCCCAUUGGCAGACAUAUGUCUGUGGAACUCUCAAGUUUGGGAAAUUAGAUGUUACAGAAGGACAACUAGGGUUUUGCGCUGUUUAUCUCACUGCAGCUUUCUUUGGACCAGACAUCUGGAUUAAAAAGAUCCCAUUUUUGGAUGCAGAGGUGAAAGCAGUAACCACGUUAUCCGGUCUCUUAGGUUCAUGGUUUGGAAUCUACAAUCACGUAAGGGUCAUUUUUGGAGGGGGCAAAGGUCGUAAUGGAUCCACAGUCGCGGAUACCAGUGUAAUAACUCCAUUUUUCCACAUUGGCGCUGUCAUGCUGCUCUACUUUACCAUAUGGCAAAAGUCAAAGACGGCCAUCUUCGAAAGACAGCCUUGUUUGUACAUGUUAAUGUUUGGCAUGCUCUCUGCAAAAAUCUCUAUUAAAUUAGUGGUAGGUAUCACGACUAUAGUACAAUUGACUGUAAUCUGAAGGCCAAUUUGACUU